AUGGGCGGCAUUGAAGCGGCGAAGCCUGCGAGCAGCAACCUGGUCCUCAUACUGGACUAUGGCUCGCAGUACACCCACCUCAUCACCCGCCGCAUCCGUCAGCUCUCCGUCCUCUCCCUCUGCAUCUCCGGGACGUCGCCUCUUCAAUCCAUCGUCGAGCACAAGCCCCGCGUGGUGAUUCUCUCCGGCGGCCCCCACUCCGUCCACGCCGACGGCGCCCCCACCUUCCCCGACGGCUUCCUCGAGUACGUCGAGGAAAACGGCGUGUUCGUCCUGGGGAUAUGCUACGGGAUGCAGUUGAUUGUGCAGAAGUUCGGGGGAGAGGUUACGGUCGGGGAGAAGCAGGAGUACGGGAAGAUGGAGAUCACCGUCGAGAGGAAGGGAGGGAUAUUCCGCGCGAACGAGGUCGGCGAGCAUCAGAUCGUGUGGAUGAGCCACGGCGACGAGGCCGUGAGGCUACCGGACGGAUUCUCAGUUGUUGCGAGGAGUGGACAAGGUUCCGUGGCCGCAAUUGAGAACCGUUCGAAGAGAUUGUUCGGUCUCCAGUACCAUCCAGAGGUGCGCGCAUCCUUCUCACUCCCCAAUCGCUUCACGGAUCCCAUCGCGUCGAGCUUCAAAUUCCUUGUUCUCUCUUCUAAUCCGCCCCCCCCGCCGCAUUGAAAUCCCCAUCUCCACGAAGCAUGAUAGAGUUUCCAUUCAUCCAUGGCCUCAGGCGGGGUUCCUCUUUGGGAAAUCAAUCGUGAUAUGAUCCGAUCCUUACCGGAUUCAACCAUCUGUUCCUCAGAAAAGGAAAUCACCAACGGUUUCCGUUUCCUUCGCCUUCCAUCAGGUCCAUCCAUGGGAUGAAUUCUCACGCAGUUUCUUCAAGCCAUCUUCGUUCGAGUAGACUUCCUGGAGAAGAGAAGGUUGAUCAUGCCGCCCUAGCUGUAGUUACAUUGGGUUUCCUCUUUGGCGCGUGCUGCGUAGGUGACGCAUUCGGCGAGGGGAAUGGACACUCUGCGCUACUUCCUCUUCGAAGUUUGUGGGCUGGCGCCGGAUUGGAAGAUGCGAGACGUUCUUGACGAAGAGAUCGAAGUCAUCAAGAAAACGGUGGGACCCGACGACCACGUCAUUUGUGCGUUAUCCGGAGGCGUGGACUCCACAGUCGCCGCCACCCUCGUCCACAGAGCCAUCGGAGACAGGCUUCACUGCGUGUUCGUGGAUAAUGGCUUGCUGAGGUGAGCUCUCUUCAUAGAACCUCCGACAUGAGAUCGAAGUUCCUUGCUAAGAAUGUAAACUGUGGUCUGCCCCUGCGCAGAUACAAGGAGAGGGAGCGGGUGAUGGCCACAUUCGAGAGCGACCUCCAUCUUCCUGUCACCUGCGUGGACGCUGCUGAUCGCUUCCUCAGCAAGCUGAAAGGCGUCAAAGAUCCCGAGUGCAAGAGGAAGAUCAUCGGCAAGGAGUUCAUAUCCAUCUUUGAUGACUUCGCUCAGGAACUGGAGCAUAAACUGGGCAGGAGGCCCGAGUACUUGGUUCAAGGGACUCUGUACCCGGAUGUGAUAGAGUCCUGCCCUCCCCCUGGGAGCGGGAGGACCCAUUCUCACACCAUAAAGAGCCAUCAUAACGUCGGUGGGCUGCCAAAGGACAUGAGGUUGAAGCUCAUUGAACCGCUGAAGCUUCUCUUCAAGGACGAGGUCCCCCCUGAAACCUCCACCCCUCCUCCCCCUUCUUCUUCCUUACAACAGGAUGACAUUUUCUGAUUGGUUUUCUUCAAACUCACCCCGUUGACUUUUGUCCUAAAGGUGCGGAAAUUGGGUGGCAUCUUGGACGUCCCUGAAGCAUUUCUCAAGAGACACCCUUUCCCGGGGCCUGGUCUUGCCGUCCGAGUGCUGGGUGAUGUUACCGAAGGGAACGCAUUGGAAGUCUUAAGACAGGUCAAACGGCUAUUACGGCUCUGAUUUGGGAUUUUUUAUUUUUUAUUUUUUACCCAUUAUGGAGUUUAUCUUCCUGAACCCAAAUUUAUUGCCAGGUGGACGAAAUAUUCAUCCAAUCGAUAAAGGAUGCCGGGCUGUACGACUCCAUUUGGCAAGCGUUUGCUGUGUUCUUGCCGGUCCAGACUGUUGGGGUUCAAGGAGACCAGAGAACUCAUUCCCAUGUGGUUGCCCUUCGAGCCGUCACCAGCGAGGACGGAAUGACUGCGGACUGGUGGGUUUAGUUGCUUCUAAACCCUCUAUAGUUAGAAAUGAAAAUUUUACCCCCACAGAAAAUUAUUAAUUUUUUUAAAUUAAUUUUCUGUAUUGGGUCUGUUUUGUCAUAAUCUUUUGUGCUCUUGAAAACUGUCGGCAGGUUCUACUUCGAUCACAAGUUCCUGGACAACGUCGUACGCAAGAUCUGCAACAGCGUCAGGGGUGUAAACCGGGUCUGUCUAGAUAUCACCUCCAAGCCUCCUGCUACCGUCGAGUGGGAAUAA